CAUGUUUGCAUGUAGCGACCUUGAGAGCUGAAACCUAGCAGAGUAUAAAGGGCAGAUUUCCUCCUUUAAUCAUGGUUUCAUAUCGAAUAAUUUCAGGACUUUGCAUAGAACACCCCCGCAUCAUUUAUUCAUUCUUCCCUAACACAAACAAUGGCUGCCGGUUUACCAACUACAACUAAAGUCUGGAGAGUCCAAGGAACGGACGGAUUUGACAGUCUGCACUACAACGCAGAAGAGGCUAUCCCAGAGCUGUCAGAUAAUGAUGUUCUCGUCAAGUUCCACGCCGCUUCUCUGAAUUACCGAGAUGUCUCAAUCCCUCAUGGAACAUUUCCAUUUGGAUUUAAAAAAGGUGUCGUGCCAGGAUCAGACGGUGCAGGAGAAGUAUUGGCAGUCGGUGCAAGAGUAACACGGUUCCAGAAAGGCUCGAAGGUCGUAACCCAAUUCAACCAGAAGCAUACUUAUGGCUCGCUUACUUCGAAGAGCAUAAGCACUGCGCUCGGCGGAGACCUCGAUGGUGUUCUUCGUCAAUAUGGCGUUUUCAAUGAGGAGGGCCUUGUGCUGAUGCCAAAAUCGCUGGAUUAUCAGCAAGCUUCCACUUUAACGGGCGCUGGGGUAACAGCGUGGAAUGCUCUAUAUGGCCUCAAACCAGUCAAGCCGGGGCAAUUUGUGUUAACACAAGGCACAGGCGGAGUUUCAUUGUUUGCACUCCAAUUUGCAAAAGCUGCGGGUGCUACAGUGAUUGCUACAACCUCGUCUGCUGCAAAAGCUCAACAGCUGAAAGAGAUGGGUGCGGAUCAUGUCAUUAAUUAUAGAGAAGUCACAAAUUGGGGAGAGGAAGCCAAGAAGUUGACAGGCUCAAGAGAGGGUGUCGAUCACGUUAUCGAAAUUGGCGGAGGUGGAACCAUGGCACAAUCCAUCAAAGCGAUCAAGUAUGAUGGCAUCAUCAGUGUCAUCGGAUGGUUGUCCAAAGCAGAUGAGAAAGAGCCAAGCUUCCUCGAAACUGUUAGCAAUGUCUUCACCGUUCGAGGGUUGUUCGUCGGAAGCAGAGCAAUGUUCGAGGAGUUGAACGCUGCCGUUGACGCCACCAACCUCAAACCGAUCAUUGAUCGUCGCUUAUUCAAGUUGGAGGAUCUCAAAGAAGCAUUCACAUACAUGAAGGAGCAAAAGCACAUUGGUAAAGUCUGUGUCACCAUGGAGUAGAUCUUCAGCUUCAUCUACGAUGAAGAAUUUCAGUAUGAGUAAAGGAUUGGAAAAUUUCAAAUCCGUUAUGAUGUCUUCAAAGAAGUGGUUAUAGUCAUGAAAGUAGCGCCUAACGCUUGGUAACAAUUUUCUGCAAGUAAAGUGCUACAAGGCUUUCUAUCUAGAUCACGUGGUGGUGAACUUCUUCAGGCUCUCAGAUAGCUUACAAUCAGACGUCAAGCAGGGCUUUAAUAAUGACAGUGAAUGGUUGCAACUCUUAGUUGAUAUUGU